AGCAGGUGUGAUUCCUGGUGGCUGCCAUUACCUUUUCCUUCGAGAUGGCUGUGCAGGUCCCCAGCCUCCUUCUUGAGGCAGCUGCGGUGCUGAUGGUGCUGAGCAGCCCGGGGGCCGAGGGCAGAGACUCCCCAAGGGAUUUCGUGAUCCAGUUAAAGGCCCUGUGCUACCACACCAACGGGACGCAGCACAUGCGGUAUGUGACCAGGUACAUCUACAACCAGGAGGAGUUCGUGCGCUACGACAGCGAAGUGGGCGAGUACCGCGCGGUGACCGAGCUGGGGCGGUCGUGGGCCGAGGACUGGAACAGCCAGAAGGACAUCCUGGAGGGGACUCGGGCCGAGAUAGACAGGGUGUGCAGAAACAACUACGAGGGGAUGGUCCCCACCUCCCUGCGGCGGCUUGAGAAGCCCAAGGUGACCGUCUCCCUGUCCAGGAAGGAGGUCCUCAACCACCACAAUAUGCUGGUCUGCUUGGUGACAGAUUUCUACCCGGCCCAGAUUAAAGUGCGCUGGUUCCGGAAUGGCCAAGAAGAGAUGGCAGGGAUCGUGUCCACGAAGCUUAUUAAGAAUGGGGACUGGACCUACCAGAUCCUGGUCAUGCUGGAGAUGACCCCUCAGCGGGGAGACGUUUACACCUGCCACGUGGAGCACCCCAGCCUGCAGAGCCCCGUCACCGUGGACUGGAGUGCACAGUCCGAGUCUGCCAGGAGCAAGAUGCUGAGUGGCAUAGGGGGCUUCGUGCUGGGGCUGAUCUUCCUCGGGCUGGGCCUUUAUGUCCGUCACAGGAGUCAGAAAGGAUCGCGAGGGCCUCCUGCAGCAGGGCUCCUACAGUGAUUCAUGGUGUUCUGGCUGAGUUGGCUGUCACUCUGUAAGGCCUGUCCCUGUCCUCAGUUUUCAUCUGUGCCAGCCUGCCUAUCCUUCUCUGAUUCAGAAUCUAGCAUGGUGCCAGUAUAUCUGCCAGCUCAGCUUUCGUGAUCCCUGACUCCCGAAGGCUCUGUCUUUGCUUCUGCUCCAGGACAGAUUCCAGAGACUCUGUCCGUGUCCUGCAGCACCAUCUACCCAGACCCCAGGCCUUCUGUUUCCACUGUGCCACACAGGCUGCUGAAGAGAUGCUCUGAAAACAUUUGCUUCUUUCAUAAUUAAACAUGUUCUGAAUUA